AUGGCUCCACUGCUAGCCCUAGAUGGACAUGAUGAAUGCCCCGCAUGCCUAGGUGUGGUCCACCUGAGAGAGGGGCUGUCCGACAAUCAGUGUAUGAAUUGCAGUUUCAUGCCACAUGGGCUGAAAGUGGCAAGACUAGCCGAGGUGGAAGGACCUCAGGUUGAAGGUGAGCUUCCCCCGCCUGAAAGAGAACCAGUGGUACGAGUACGCUCCCCACCCAGGGCUGCCCCGCCCAGGAAGAAGGCUAGGAAGGCUGACGGUUAUGCUGCCAAAGUGGACAAGCUAGAGUCAGAGUUCGCUGAGAUUAAGAGUUUGCUCUAUAACCUUCAGCCAGUCAGGUUGGCGUCAAUCUCUCAGGCUGAGGCUCCAACUACACCAGAAUGGGACGGAGAUGCUCUGUCUACGAGGGCUUCCUGUAGCCAGUUCUAUGAAGACAGGCCGGGACAGGGCGAGGUAGAGGCUUCUACCCAGGCUUCUGAAAGCGGCUCCCAACAUGUAGGGAGUGGGUCUAGGGCAGGCUCAGAAGCUUCCCCGGCCACGGUUAAGCCAGUGGUCCGAAUGGCACUGGCACGCUUAGGGUUGGAUGAGGCUCCAGCAGAUAUCGCUCCAGCUAGUGCAUUCUUUAGGCGUGUCCCGCCACAAGAUACUUUUUCUGUGCCUCCCUCCCAGCCAUAUAUUGAGGAGCUUCACAGAUGCUGGCCAGACCCCAGAUCUCUAUCUCAUCACACCAGUGACAGCAGGGCCUUGGCUUCAAUGCAGAAUGCCAGCAAGCAUGGACUCGACCGAAUGCCAGCCGUAGAGCCGACCAUUGCCUCCCUCAUUGUGGCACCAGAAGAGGUGUUGAGGCCGAAUGCUCGCUGUCCCAGGCCACAGUGUCGCAUCACUGAUGACCUGUUAACAAAGUGCUACGACACAGCGGCACGUAUGGGCCGUAUCGGGAACUCCUUGUCCCAUUUGAUAUUGGCCCUGUCUCAGUCCUUGCAAACAUCCAGUACAGAUGCUUCAGUGCAGAGUCUAAGUGACACGUCUUUGCAGGCAUUUGCCUUCAUGACCAGAGAGCUUGGUAGGCUGAUGGCGUCGCUUACGCUGGCUCGCCGCCAGGUAUGGCUGGCCCAGUCCCCAUUAUCAGAGCCAUGCCGGAGGACCCUUCGCACUCUCCCCGUAGUUCCGGGAGAGCUGUUUGGCCCAGCAGCACAACAGGCCUUGGAUCGUGGCAUCCAGGCUAACCAGACACGGCAGCAGUUUGCUAGCCUUCGGGGAGCUGCAUCCCAACCGAGGCAGCAGCCUCCACAAGGACCUCACCAGCUCCUGAGCGACCCUAUCAACCCCGUCGGGCUCCCACAAGGCCAGCACCACAGGCACAGAGGGGUCGGGGGUCGGGGUUUCCCCCCUCCAGGCCCCCAAGAGGGCGUGGGGGCAGGUACUGACGGCUCAUGGCCGGGCGUCGGGCGCUUCACCCAGCAGCACCUAAUCUGCUGGGGAAGUUGCACUACAGACCCUUGGGUGGUGACCACGCUUUCCCAAGGGUACAAUCUCCAAUUCCGACGCCGGCCCCCAGUUUUCAGGGGGAUCAGACUGACUACAGUCAGCGAUCCCACAAAGCGACAGGCCCUCAGCCAGGAGGUAUCCACCCUCCUGGAGAAGAAGGCCAUCGAGAUCGUAGAUCCUCAGACACAGCAAGGUGGGUUUUACUCAGUGUAUUUUUUAGUUCCAAAAGAGGGUGGGUUUCGCCCUAUACUGGACUUACGAGGGCUGAACAGUUUUCUGAAAGUAUUGCCCUUUCACAUGCUAAAGACAGCGGAAGUGCUCCAGGCCGUCGCACGGCAAAGCUGGUUCACAUCAAUAGAUCUAGAGGAUGCAUACUUUCACGUCCCGAUAGCACCACAUCACAGGCCAUACCUGCGCUUUGCAUUCGAAGGGCGGGCCUACCAGUACAGGGUCCUCCCAUUCGGGUUAUCCCUAGCCCCACGGAUCUUCACAAGGUGCAUGCGGGCAGCGCUCGCACCAAUGCAAGCCACCGGAAUACAAAUCCUCCCUUAUCUGGACGAUUGGCUUAUUUGCGCUCCAACCCGGCAACAGGCAGAGCAGGACACCACAGCCCUCCUAGGCCAUGUGGGAAGGUUGGGUCUUACAGUCAACUACGGCAAAAGUUGUCUAAUACCCAGCCAACAGGUAUUAUUCCUUGGCAUAACCCUGGACUCCGUCCAAAUGCUUGCCUUCCCGUCUCCACGGCGGGUAGAGGCCAUACUCCAGAUCCUCCUGCAUUUUCGGGAGGACAGGAGGGUAAGGUACAGCCUUUUUCUCAGGCUGUUGGGAAUGUUGACGUCAGUAACGUCAAUAGUGCCACUGGGCCUCCUUCACUUGCGGCCGUUCCAAGUUUGGACCAAUGGCCUCCACUUAGAUCCAAGGUUGCACGGAUCCAGGAAGGUCAGGGUGUCCAGUCAAUGCCUCCUGGCAUUACAACCCUGGAGACGCAGGGCAUAUCUUGCCAAAGGUGUCGCACUAGGUUCGAUCCCCUCACGCCGCGAAGUGGUGGUGACCGAUGCUUCGCUCUCUGGCUGGGGCAGUGUGGCAGCCAGGGCAGUGAGAGGGCUCUGGAGUGCGCCGCACAGGACACAGCACAUAAAUGUGCUCGAGCUCCGUGCUAUUUAUUUAGCGCUCCACCAAUUCCUGCCAUAUUUGAGGGGCAGACAUGUUCUGGUACGAUGCGACAACAAGUCAGCUGUCUACAAUGUGAACCACCAAGGGGGCACAAGGUCGGCUCAGUCAUUACAGGUUGCACAGCAACUUCUUGUAUGGGCUCUCCCUCACUUUUCCAGCCUCAGGGCUAUGUACCUUCCAGGGCCACAGAAUACGGUGGCAGACUUUCUUUCACGCCAGAAACCCGUCGGGGAGUGGCGACUCCACCCAGAGGUAGUAGAGGCAAUUUGGAGCAAAUACGGCACAGCAGAGGUAGACCUGUUUGCUUCAGAGUCCACAACACAUUGCCCUCUCUGGUUCUCUCUGUCAGAGACGAGUCCGAUGGGACAGGAUGCCUUGGCACAUCCAUGGCCACGUCAACUCCUUUAUGCCUUCCCGCCAUUUCCACUGAUAGGGUUAACUCUACACAGAGUUCAGAAGGGGAACCACAGACUCCUGCUGGUUGCCCCAAACUGGCCAGGGAGACCUUGGUUUCCAGUAAUGUACAGGCUGCUAGACGGAGAUCCAUGGUGCCUGCCGAAGAGGCGGGACCUGCUCUCACAGCUGGGGGGACACAUCUGGCACCCCAGACCAGAGUGCCUGCAGCUAUGGGUUUGGCCCUUGAGGGGCCUGAUCCACUUAUAA